AUGAGCAGUCGGGAGCAGGCCCCGGCGCCCAAGUCGGUGCUUCGCGGGCAUGAAUCCCAGGUCCACGUCGCAGCUUUUGUCCGCCACAACCAGCGCCUGGCCACUGGCGAUGCCGAGGGAUACGUGGUUCUGUGGGACCUGACCAUCCAGAGGCCCCGUGCCGUCUGGCGCGCCCAUUCGAGCGCCAUCCUGAGCAUUGCUGGUUGGGGCGACAACAGAAUCAUCACGCACGGCCGAGAUCAUCGUCUGGUUGUUUGGAAGCUCACAGAGGACGAUGAAGCAAGCCUGAGCGUUGCCUUGCCGCUAGACAAAGGCGCAGCGCAUCGCCCUGAACCGUGGUUGCUUCACCUUCUCAACGUAAACACCAUGAACUUUUGUGCUUUCGCUUCUUGUCCGGCAGGCAGAGGCACUGAUGACGAGCUCCUCGUUGCUGUACCCAACACUCUGGCCUCAGAGUCAAUCGACAUUUACCACCUUCCCAGCCAGACAAGGCAACAUACAGUUCAUACUACAGGCCAGUCGCAACAAAAGACGGGCAUGGCCAUGGCUCUAGCCCUACUACGGCGCGCCUCCGUCCUGCUGCUUGUCGUUGGCUACGAAAAUGGUGUCGUGGUGGUGGCGCAGCAAUCUUAUCAAGGCUCCUGGGACGUCACAUACCGUUCUCAAUUACACACACAGCCAGUGCUUUCGCUGGAUGUCUCACCCGCUCAAGACUAUUUCCUCACCUCUGGUGCAGAUGCUUUGAUUAUCAAGCACCCAAUCCCAGGGUUUAUAGCCUCUCCUGGGAAGGACGAAGUCACGCUUGGCCCUGAGCUGAACGGGAAUGUCGCAACUGAGCAUCAGCACUCGAAUGACACGCCGACUGCUCCACGUUCUGGUGUCUCCUUGCUGUCAUCGGCACUAGCUGGCGAAGCUAGAUCACCCCGGCCGAUACCCAUCGCACAGAGAGAAGUAGUGACGACGUCUUUGAAGGUUAUCAAUACGAAACAUUCGGGUCAACAGAGUUUGCAUAUCCGGUCCGAUGGCAAGAUUUUCGCAACCGCGGGUUGGGACUCGAAAGUUAGGGUCUACUCUUGCAAGACCAUGGCAGAGCUUGCGGUGCUCAAAUGGCACGAGGCCGGCUGCUAUGCUACGGCAUUCGCUGAUCUUGGCGGACCCCAAGUGGGCGGGCCAGCGAGCCAAGAUCAGUCUGCGCUCGCUUCCGCCCAACAUUUGUCAAGCAAAGACCUGAGCGUGAAGGGCAGGCGGAUCCGACAAGCAAAGGAAACGCACUGGCUAGCAGCUGGCAGCAAAGACGGCAAAGUCAGUCUCUGGGACAUAUACUGA